GACCGGUCGGGAAGUUUGGUCCUCGGCGGCCGCCGUCCAGGGAAGGUGUGUAAGGAGACUGGGAGCUGGGGUCGCAGAACCGUCCUCGCGGUCCCGGGUGGACAUGGAGUUCGACAGCGAGGGUCUGAGACGACUACUUGGCAAGUACAAGUUCAGGGAUCUAACUGUGGAAGAACUAAAGAAUGUAAAUGUGUUUUUCCCACAUUUCAGAUAUUCCAUGGAUACCUAUGUUUUCAAAGAUAGUUCCCAGAAAGACCUGCUGAAUUUCAGUGGCACUAUUCCUGUGAUGUAUCAGGGUAAUACAUAUAACAUACCAAUUCGUUUAUGGAUUUUGGAUUCUCACCCUUUUGCUCCCCCCAUUUGCUUCUUAAAGCCAACUGCAAAUAUGGGAAUCUCAGUUGGAAAACAUGUGGAUGCUCAAGGCAGAAUAUACUUGCCCUAUCUCCAAAACUGGAGCCACCCUAAAUCUGUUAUUGUUGGAUUAAUUAAAGAAAUGAUUACCAAGUUUCAAGAGGAACUUCCCUUGUAUUCUCUGUCAUCAUCUGAUGAGGCACGGCAGGUCGACUUGCUAGCCUAUAUUGCAAAAAUCACUGAAGGCGUCUCAGAUAUAAAUUCAAAGAACUGGGCAAAUCAAGAGAAUAAAACAGUCAGUAAAAUUACUGUGGUUGGAGGUGGAGAACUGGGAAUUGCCUGCACACUAGCAAUUGCAGCAAAGGGCAUUGCAGACAGACUGGUCCUCCUAGACCUCUCAGAAGGGACUAAAGGAGGAAUGAUGGACCUCGACAUCUUCAACCUGCCUAAUGUGGAGAUCAGCAAAGAUUUGUCUGCCUCUGCUCAUUCCAAGGUGGUGAUCUUCACAGUCAACUCUUUGGGUAGUUCUCAGUCCUACCUCGAUGUGGUGCAGAGCAAUGUGGAUAUGUUCAGAGCCCUCGUCCCUGCUCUGGGACAUUACAGUCAACAUGGUGUUCUGCUCGUUGCAUCUCAGCCAGUGGAAAUCAUGACCUAUGUGACGUGGAAACUGAGUGCCUUUCCUGCGAAUCAAGUGAUUGGAAUUGGGUGCAAUCUGGAUUCACAGAGAUUACAGUAUAUUAUAACAAACAUUUUGAAGGCACAGACUUCAGGAAAAGAAGUAUGGGUUAUUGGUGAGCAGGGAGAAGACAAAGUGCCCACAUGGGGUGGCCAAGAAGAAGCAGUGAGUCAUAACUCUCAGGUGCAGCUGUCCAACAGAGCCAUGGAACUGUUAAGGGUAAAAGGUCAAAGAUCCUGGUCUGUUGGACUGUCAGUAGCUGACUUGGUUGACAGUAUUGUGAAUGAUAAAAGGAAAGUGCAUUCUGUAUCGAUUUUAGCAAAGGGAUAUUAUGAUAUAAAUACCGAAGUGUUUUUAAGUUUGCCUUGCAUCCUUGGAACCAGUGGAGUGUGUGAAGUCAUUAAGACCAGAGUGAAAGAAGAUAGAGUGACUGAGAAGCUCCAAAGCAGUGCAUCCUCAAUCCAUAGUCUUCAACAACAGUUAAAACUUUGAUUCUGAAGUUCAGAGUUACUUGCGAGGAAAGGUUGUUUAAUUUUACCAGCAUAUAUAUAGGGUUGAGGACUCCUAUAUCUUAUUAUUUUCCUUACAAACUGCUUGGUUAACGUAGGUGGUUUCUUGGUUAGCUCUGUAAUUUGAAUCCCUCAGUAGUUAGAUGAGAAGGAAAAAAAUCUGAUUGUCCUUUUCGUUCUUGAAAUAUCUAUACUGUUCUUUAAACCUACAGCAGAGAUAAACAUUCAUCUGUAAUAUGCAUCACUUUAAAAUUAUACCCUCAACUAGCACAUUCAGCACUUUGAGAAUGUUUUGAAAGUGAUACAUUUUUUAAAAGAAAAUUGCUCUUUUUUUUUUUUUUUGGCUUUUUG